GUCAAAAAAUCGAUUCUAUCGAUUUUGUUUCAUCAGAAAAUCUGAUUGAAAUUUUCACAAUAAUGAUAUUACAUAUACAAAAUCAAAAAAUGAAAAAAAUAACGGAAAUGAAACAAAAUUUUAAAAUACAUUCACGAGCAUUUUUGGCGCUUAGAAUUUAUCGAAAGACUGCCUCGGGUAACAUGAAAAACUGUAAACGGGCACACUAUUUGUUAGGUGGCAGAAACGUAUUUAAUGUAAACUUAAUUUAAGCUGAUUUUAAGGACAACGAUGGAUGCAAAGCUUGAUAUGUUCGAGGAUGUGAACACGUCACCUUCGUUGGAGGGUGAUAUGUCCAUUCCAGGCAAGAGAACCACAACAACUGCAACGUCGCCGGGCGGAGUUCCGGAUUACAACACCCUGGACGAGCCCAUUCGUGAGACGGUACUGCGUGACAUUCGGGCCGUCGGCAUCAAAUUCUACCACGUGCUGUAUCCUAAGGAGAAGUCCAGUCUGCUUCGCGAUUGGGACUUGUGGGGUCCGCUAGUGCUGUGCACCUUCAUGGCCACCAUACUUCAGGGCUCCUCCUCCGCUGACAGCAUGUCCGACAACGGCCCCGAGUUUGCUCAGGUCUUCGUCAUCGUCUGGAUAGGAGCGGCCAUCGUCACACUCAACUCCAAGCUUCUGGGUGGCAACAUCUCGUUCUUCCAGUCCGUUUGCGUGCUGGGCUACUGCUUGACGCCGGUGGCCAUUUCACUGAUUGUGUGCCGGGUGAUAUUGCUGGCCGCGCAGACGCGCCUUCUCUUUUUCCUGCGAUUCGUGACUACCACCAUGGGUUUCGCUUGGGCCACCUACGCUUCCUUUGUAUUCCUGGGACAGAGUCAGCCGCCCCACCGAAAGCCCCUGGCUGUCUACCCAAUCUUCCUUUUCUUCUUCAUCAUCUCUUGGCUAGUCUUGUCCCACAAUUAGCUCAGUUAGUGAUUAGGUCCAAGAGUAAACAGUGCACGUUCCAUAGCGUAACCAAAAAAAUCGGAAAUCAAUUGUACAUUUGUUUAAGCUACGAUUUUCUGUUUUCUUUAUUCUUAAAAAUCUUACAAAUUAUAUGAGUUACGCAGCUGCGUAUGCAUA